UGGACGCCCCGCGUCGCGACGCCGGCGCGACGCCUCAGUUCCUCGCCGUCGCUGGGCACCGGAACACUCGCCAGUGGGAUAGGAGCCACCUCUCCGUCACCGCAGCCAGCCAUGGGGAUGGAGUAUUUCCAGGAGUGGUCCCGGGAGGUCAAGACUUCCUCGUCUACUACGACGACUACCAUGACAACGGCGGCGAAGUUGUACGGGAAGGAUGUGAGCGAGUAUGAACACCUGGACGUGGAUCAGCUGCUCAAUCAGUUAACCCCGGAGGAAAUAGACAUCCUAGCCAAGGAAGUGGACCCAGAUGAUCAGUUUCUGCCACCUUCUCAGCGCUGCAACUACUCCUGUGAGAAAAGUCCAACAGGCCCACUGAACCGCAAGAAGCUGAUAGAGCAUAUCAAUAAGCAGGCUCUAGAGACUCCUGACAAGCCGGAGCUGAAGCCGUACGUACCUGGCACCGUCCGUGGCAAGAAGUGGAUACCUCCACCACCUCCACAACGUGAAAUAGAUGCUGAUGAGCAGAUUGCCAUAGACCUGGGUGACGAGUAUGAAACUGCUCUCGAUAAAGCGACGCAGGAGGAAAUCAUUGAUCUUGCAGCUAUCCUGGGCUUCCACUCGAUGAUGAAUCAGGAGCAGUACCACGCGUCUCUGCUCAACAAGGACCAGCCAGUCGGUCUGGGCUGGGAUGGCAUCACGAAGGCUUCGCAGCCGAAGCCGUACCCGGCUGACCCGCCCAACCUCACAGAUCCCGACUCAACUAUUCAGCAAGUCAAGGAUGAUGACCCCACUCUUAUUGACCUCAACUGGAACAACAUUAAGAAUAUUUCUGAAGAAAAAUUUGAGCACCUUUUCAAUGCCCUGCCUGAGAACACCCAUUUGGAAACACUGAGUUUGAGCAAUGUGGGAAUGACGGACAACUCUGCUAUCAAGUUAGCAGAAGCACUCGAGCGCAACACUACUUUACGUGUCGUCAAUGUGGAAACAAACUUCAUCAGUCCACCCGUUAUUGUGAAGCUUAUUAAAUCCCUCUUGGCAACCAAAACAAUUGAGGAGUUCAGAUGCUCUAAUCAGAGGUCGCAGGUGCUGGGCAACAAGAUAGAGAUGGACAUAACGGGCCUGGUGGAGCAGAACCCGACACUUCUGCGGCUCGGCCUCCACCUGGAGUACAAUGACGCACGCCACCGCGUUGCAGCUCACCUCCAGAGGAACAUCGACAGGAUCUGUCGGCUGGGUGCUAAAGCUCAGUUCAAGAUAUCCCUGGGUCCGGGCAAGGCCCCUUUUCAGAUCGUCUCGAGAAAGUGACGAUGCAAUGCCAAAGUCCCUUCCCUUUUCAGCAACAGUCGCCUCCGUCGGAUAGGCAGAGCUUCGCGCAACUACACCAUUGGAUUCGUCACACACCACAAGAAGUCCAUCCACGAGUGAUUUGGCUACCUCCAACAGAAGUUCUGUGUGUAGUGUGUCACUUUAUGCUGCUCCAUAGGUGUUGUUGUGGACGAUAGAAACUGUGCUCUGUUUUUGUCCUCUACUCGCUAUCUGUGAAAGUUUUGUAGCUGGAAAUGGGAGGGAAAAAGUGAAAAGUGCAGAGGAGCACCAAGUUUGUAAAUGUCCUGUCAACGAAUUACAGAUAUGUUGAGCUAUUUGUUUCUUCUUUCCCCCCUUGCUUUUUGAAACAGAACACUCGAUAUUUCCUUCUUGUGUAUUUUAGGAUAUACUCCCUCCUUCUUCUUCAAAACCCUUCAUAGAACCAUUCAGUGCUAAACAGUGAAUGUUAUGUGCACAAUUUAUCAGGCUUCAGAUAGUUGUAGUAUGUAUAAAAUUUCACACUUGAUGAUAUAUGGCAACAGCAAAUGUUCAGCUGCUUGAGGUGGCCUUGAGCCCUGUAAAUUUUUUAAGUUUCUGAAUACAAUGCGUACAGAAAAAGAAUGAAAAGAAUUUCUUUGUUAUUGUUUGAGAAACUGGCAUUUUCUCCUGUUCAUAAACAUGUUUUAAGCAGUCACUAAUGGUUGUGAGGAGAAUUAGCUUUGAAGCUGGGACAAUAAUAUUUUCUGACAUGCACGUCAUACUCGAAUUACAAGAAACCGAUAGCUUUAUCAUUUUUCCGUUGUGUCAUAUAUGUUAGGCUUUUAUAGCAAUAGAUUGGAAAACUUUGUAGAUUAUAUCAGCACUGAUGUUUCCCAUUUUAAUAAAAUGAUAGAAAAUUUUCACAUCAAACAGCUGUGCCUCACAUAGAAAUGUUUUGCUAUGCACAAUUUAAACAAAAUAAUGUGAAGAAUUUUUUUACUUGCACCGCACAUUUUUUUAUGUGAAAAUAGUUCUUCGCAUUGUAUGUCCAUCGAGACCCAGUGUCACAGAGGUAGUUAUUUCUUUGGCAUUUCUAGAUGCAGUGCUUAUUGCAAAGUCGUAAUUGCAUGAAAUAGCUGUUUGUAAAGAAACUGCUUUUAUGUGACUUCUUGUAAAUUAUCUAUUGUAAGUAUUUUGUAAAGUUUUUCCCAUAUAUUAGAUCAAAUUAAAGGUCUUAAAAAACUG